ACUCUCUUUCAGUUCCUAACAGACAGACAAACAGCUGCUCUGAACCGAAAAACCUCUCCUUUCUUCUUCAUCAUCAUCUUCUUCUUCUUCACUUCUCAGGCUUUGGAUUUUAUUUAUUUUUAUUUUUUAUGGAUUACUGAAAAUGGAAGAUUCAGAGAAAUUGACGGCUUUGAAGAGGGCAUAUGCCGAUGUCAUCCUCAACACGGCGAAGGAGGCGGCGGCGCGUAUUUUGUCGUCGGAGCGGAAGGCUCUCCGGUUUCAGCGAGAGCUUUUCUCCACUAAAGAAGACGCGCUUCAAAUGCUUCUUAGGCUUAAACAGAUGAUGGAUUCUAAGGUUAAUGAAGCGGAGACCGCAUCUUUGAGUCAGCAGAGAAAGAUCGAAGAGCUUGAAGCACAGCUCCAGGAAGCUGAGGAUAUAGUGAGAGAUCUGAGGGCAGAAUUAAGUGAAGUGCAGGCUCAGUUGGAGAAGGCAAGAAACAAUCAAAUCCAGGCAUUGGAUAAGAAAAAUUUUGAACGUGAUGUUACCACACAAGAAAAUGGACCUUCUGCAAGAAAUGACCAAACACAAGCUUUGCAUGAGCAAAAUUUUAGGGAAGCCACUACUCUUGAAAAUGGAGUCCACAGUCCUGGGUCGACAUUUUCUGACCCUAGCUCAAAACUAGAGCCCUCAGCAAAUUCUGGUAGGAACUCAAUUUUAAAGGGAAAAUUGGAAGGUAGCAAAUGUUACGGUCCCAGUGCUUCUCAAAAGAAUCAGUGCCACAGUGAUAACCCUGGUUUUGCCUCUUUAGUGAUGAGUAGGAAAGAGCCUGAGUUGUACAGGAAUGGGUGCACUCAGAGAAUUCGUGCAUUCGAAAGAAACUCAUUAGAUGGAGGUUUGUCUAUUUCUGAACUAGUUGAUGAUGCAAAGAACGGAACAUUCAUUGGAAGAAGAGAUGAAAGUGAAAGGGCACAUGUAAACAGCACCUCAAAGGCUGCAAACGCUGAGCCACAGGAAAAUCAUGAUAAGCUCGAAGUGAGCCAAAGCGAUUAUAGCCAUGUCCUAGACAUUGCCUUUAAGUCGUUCCGGAGGAAGAGGAAAAGAGGGGCUAGAUAUAAAAGAAAUAAAGCUCCCUCAGCCAUGUAUCGUCCUUGUCAUCAGGUCAUAGGCAUUUUGCAAGAGGUGCCUGGUCUUUCUUGCUCUAGCACGACUCCUCUUACAAUUGAUAAUCAAAAUCAGUCAGAAAAUUGUUCCAAGCAAACCACGGAUGGAGUUUUAAAAGACCCUCAUUCACCUUCAUCUCCAAAAUUACCCUUGGAUAGAAUUGAAAUGGGCACACAGUCAGGAUCUGCAAGUGCUACUGGGAGUCGUGUGGACUUAAUUAAACCUUGUAGUCUUAAGAAGGCAACUAAUGAUGAUAAGGCAUCUCUUAACAAAUCAGAUUUGACAGGACAGGAAAGUUUAGUGGCGGAGUUGGGGGUUCCAGCUCGCAAAACGGAUGUCAAGGAAGCUAAUGAAUCAGAAUGCAGAUUGGAGGCAAAAGUAUCUGAUAUAGAUGAUGGGACUGCUGUCCAACCUGCGAGUAAUAACAGGUUUCUAAAGUACACAUUUUGUAGAAAGCGCAAGAAAGAGCCUUUGAGCAGUUCUGAAGACACUAGCAUUUUGAAAAGAAAGAUGGGGGAGAAACAGAACGGUUCUUUGGAGCCACAGAACUCCAGCAUGUUAACCGAAUCGUCACGAGACAGUCGGCGGCUAGCACAAGUCGCUCGUCAGCUCAUUUCUUUGUCAGAGAAGAAGUGGUGGUAGUAGAGAAUGAAGAUCUAUCCCAUACUUUGCCAAUACAAAACGGUAAGGAAGUUUUUAUAAGAGAAAAAGAAAACCAGACAUUUUGGCCGGGAAACCUUGAUGAACAAGAUUAGCUGCAUUAUUGAAGAGUAGCUGUGGAUCCAUAGUAACUUAUUUUGUAUGUUAUUUACUACAAUUAUUGUAUUUCCUAAUUUUUCUCUUUCUCAAAACAAGAGUAAAAAGACACUUAAGUUUUAUUUAGCAUUUUUCAUUCUUGGAUAUUGCACUAUACGAAGUAUAUGAUUAUUAUUCACUUCUUGUGGA